AUGCCGCGGAGGGUCACAGAGCACGAGCACCAGCGGGAGAAGUUGACUCGGAUUGCUCGGGUCCCGCCAACCUUGGGUGUGGCCGAGGUGCACGAGGUGGCGGGGGAGUUCGGGGCGGCGCAGCACGUCGCAUUCCUGUGCGACGCCAGGCACAAGCGCGAGCCUCAGGCCCUGGUGGAGUUCACGAGGCACCGCCAUGCGUCCGCAGCGCUCGAGGCCUUGAGCGACGACUAUACCGCGUGCUACUGGGGUUCGGCGCCCUGGGGCCCCGACGGCGGGUCCGAUGGGGGGGGGGCUCAGCAGCUGACGGGCACUGUGUGUCAGUCGUGCGAGGAUGAGGCUCCGACGACGAUGCGCUGGGCGACCUUCGUGUGCAAGCGAGGCGGGGAACAACGCGGGCCCACUGAGGUGGUGCUGCAGGGCCAGCAACAGGACGUGGAGGUCGGACGGCCGCCUGCGAGCCCCCCGGGGGGGCGGGCCGAGCAGGAGACGCGCCGCCGGCGCGCUGAACGGGAGAGGGCCGAGUCUGAGGGCAAGCGGGCCACUGGCAAGGCUAAGGGCAAGGACCUCCCCAAGGGCAAGGGCAAGAAGGGCUCGAAUGGCACUGAUGACAAGAGCAAGCGCUACAAGGACGGCCAGGGCGGCAAGGGCGGCAAGGACCGUCGGGCUGACCGGGGCGGCGAGGGCAGCAAGGGCGGCAAGGGCCGCCGUGCUAACCAGGGCGACAAGGCCGGCCAGCAGGACGAGGGCCCGUGCGAUGCCCGCCCGCGCCUCGCAGGCGCGGCUUGCGGGGUGACCCUGGCGGACGCUGGGCGCAUAGUCAUGGGCCUCUACGGCAAGCGGGUGCCGAAGACCGCCGAAAAGGCCCUGUGCACGGGCGAGAAGGGUUUUGGCUACGAGGGCAGCAAGUUCCACCGGGUCAUUAAGGAACAAUUUCAUGAUCCAGGGUGGCGACUUCACCAACGGCGACGGCACAGGUUGGUUGAGAAGGAGAACUGGGUGACCGAUGGUGAUGGCGUGGGAUUGCCAUGACGACAUGGGUGAGCUGGGCGAGCAUGGUGUUCAUCAUGCUCAUGCUGGGUGAGGACGUGGAGGAGGUUGGCUUGGAUUGAAUUGCGGUCAGAGGCGGCAAGUCAAUCUACGGUGAAAAGUUCAAGGACGAGAACUUCAUGUUUACGCACACGCGGC